AGUCCGCUUCCAGUCCCGUGAAGUAAAGGCAAACGUCGAUACUUCUGUCCCGCAGUACACGUGCUCGGUGUUUUUCACUCAUUAUUUAUCCGAAAAAUUUAUAAUAUUUCUGUUGUUAACGCGACACGAUAGCACCGCAGAAUUUAUUAUCAUUUGGCUGAUUGAGCGAGUCACAGAAAUUUGGCUUUAAAAUUGUCUGAGCCGUGUUCUUGAUAGGAAAUUUCGUUCGUUAUUUUACGGGAGCUGUGACCCCUGUCGAGCCCUGCGGCUCUUCACUAAUGGACGCUUGACAUUCUAGCAAAAUGGAGGUUCUGCGUCCGUCACUAACUCCAUCCACGUCACUCACGUCUGCUCUUGCCGACUUUAACGAGAUGUGGCAAGACUUGGAGUCUGUACUGCUCCACGACGAUGGCAAUCUCUGCGAGUCCUUAGCCCCCAGCCAGUCCCCAACCUGUUCAGGAUCCCCCACCCCCCUCCACCAUCUCACCCCCGAGAAACACGUCCAUCACAAGCAAGAUAUUCACGACCCCCACAACUUAUUACAGUUUGAACCAACACCGUUCCCUCUGUCACCGUCCUCUCCACAGCACAGUUACCAUCCACCCUCCGUGGGAGGUCAUGCGCAGCAGCACCUGUCACAUCAGAUGAGCGUUUCCCCCAUCAGACUACCACCUACUCCUCCAGACCAACACCUAGAGGGGCCUUUGCCUCCAGUGUCAACUCUGGUGUCCACCCACAGCAGCGUCUCUCAGGUGCCUGGUCAGAAUCUUAAUUGUCAUUUGUACCAAUUGCAAGACAGGCCAACUGCUGCACACCACAAUACUUACCAAAGUCCUCCUCUAAACGAGUCCACUGCCGUCCACACGCCCACCCCUAGCGAUGUGGUGAAACAGGCACAGCAGAUGAACGCGCAAGAGCAUCUGGAAAAUAUCCAACAGAGACGAUACGGAGCGGCAGAGUCAGCCGUGCUUGACAAUAACGAAUUCGCGCUAUCGCCCGAACAAUUUUACACUUUAGCAAACCUUUCAUCACCUUACGUUGGUUCUGCGUACCUACACCCGGCAACCUCCAGCCCUCACUGCAGUACAUCGACAUCCAUGCAUGCGACUACUUCGGUUGGCAAUCAUGAUCCAAGCGUAGGACCAAUAAUGGCCGAUAAAAAUAUCGCACAUUUACACUCAUCUAUGUACGAGAGCAACUCGGGUGUUCCAGGUGCGCUACCGACAAUCAGCGUCAACGAGAUUACCUCUACGCUAGGGCAGGUCUCUGCCUCUAGUCUAUCUCCGCCUGGGCUUCCUUUGAAUUCAAACGAUUCAUCAAGUCACGCCGCUGUCAAUGGAACAUUUAAUUCCAUAACAAUUCAUUCAGGUACUUUCAGUAUCACUCGGUCACCGUCAUCAAACAAAGGUGGUUUUUCAAAUCUCCCGAGGAUUCCUUUUCAUCCUGGGAACGCAACUCUUGGCUCAGCACCACAUCAGAUGCAGGCGAGACCAGGCUUCGCAGGGGCCAUGUACGAGUACUGGGGCAACAGCGGCAUGGUGCUCACGCCCCCUUCUUCCCCCCAUCAGUCUGGAAUUGUGACCGCGCAGGUUGCAAGACCUCCUCCCGGGUCCGUGAACAACCAGCCUGCGCCCCGUAGACGACGAAGAGCUCGACGGAAGGUCAUUAUCCACACUUGCCCUAACGCAGGCUGCGGCAAAACUUACACUAAAUCGUCUCACCUGAAAGCUCAUCAGCGCACUCAUACCGGCGAGAAACCGUACAUCUGUCGGUGGAAAGGCUGUGGCUGGAAAUUCGCAAGAUCUGACGAACUAACGAGGCAUUACCGCAAGCACACAGGGGACCGACCCUUCCAAUGCAGGCUGUGUGACAGAUCUUUCUCGAGAUCUGAUCAUCUAAGCCUUCACAUGAAGAGACACAUUUCCAUUUGAUGAGUCUAUUUAAGCGGGCACGAUAGCUAUGAGUAAUAUGACAUUAAACUUUCAGUCAUCUGUAUUUUGACUCACGUGUUUGUCUUCAUCAUUUGUAUAGAAUCUUCAACCGACUCUUCUAUUUUAAAAUAAACUCCCUGUAAUAAACUGACGGCCAGUAUAGAAGUAUUGUAUUACCCGACCCAUUAGGCAUCAGACGUUGAAAUAACGUAGUAUAAACGCUGUUUUAACGCAAUCAGCUUGUAAUAAAUGUUGUUUCAACGUCAUUUAUCUUAGGGGAGCUACUCGUUGUGGAUGACAUAAAUACUCCUUCAAGAAAUGCUCUUUUUCCAACAAAAUUUAGGCAAUAAGAACGCCUAAUUUUUCGCAUGCAAACCUCUACUCAUUCUCACUGAUGUUCUCAUGUAUACUCGUUUCCUUUUUUCAUGUAUCGUUCAUUGUCAACAGUGCGCAAUGUUGGUGCAAUCAUGUCUCCGCGUAAUGUGUACAAAACUGUACAGAUUUUAAAUACAGAAGGAUAUUCCCGAGGCGGCUGGAUCCAGCAAUAAUAAAUAUUUAAAUUAAUUUUAAGCUAGGUAAGCGGUCAUUUAUCCUGUUAGUUUUAUAUAAACGUUGGUUUCCCGUGCAAACUGUCGCUGGUUUGUGCCUACGGCGAGACCAAAAAUUUUUGCUUUCUUGGCGAUUUGAGAAUAAAAAUUUGCUGAAGGUUGCUGCCACAACGAUGACUAAAACUUCUGGAUUGCUUGAUAAUAACAUUUCAGAAUUGAAGACAGUAUGUAUUGUGAACAUAAAAAUUAAACAGAAUUGAUUGUACAAAAGUAAUUUUGCUCUAUGGUGAAUAUUAUUUCUUCAGUUGCACUAUCCACGGAUUAUCUUACGAAUAAAUAUUGGCAUGUUUCAGUCUCAUGGCUAUAAAUUUCUAUGUGUUCUUAAUAACUACAAACCGAUGAAAAUUACAAGACUGGCAUUUACAUCUCGAUUAUAUCACAUGAAAGGCAAAGUGAUUGGUGAGUUGCGCAGAAUCGUGCGUCGUUUCAUUAACGUAGUGUAUUUGAUUCUACGAAAGGAUGAUUGACCGGUACAUUUGUACAUGAGGACUAUCCAUAAUGCUUGAGUACCAUGAAUAUUAUUGGUGCAAUGACUCAUCGAAGCAUAAAAAUGACACUACAACAUUUAGGACUUUGUACGUUAUUAUUUUUUCUCAACCAACUUCCAGGUAUUUAAAAUAUCGAGAAGGACUUCAUACACGCACAAAUGUUUUUCAUACACUUCAUACACUUCAUACGUCCCCUGAAAUGUUUUGACUCUCUACUUUUGUAUGGACAUCACUUAAUUGUAAAUGUAACGGGAUCACAAUGUCAAUAUUAUGUAUAUUUAGAAAUAAAAUGUGAAUUUUAUCAAUGGGUUAUAUGUGUUAGUAUUUUCUUCCGAUUUGCAUUUUAGGCAAAUGAAAUAAAUACAUAUCGAAAUGAGUUCCAUUCUCAUUUUAGGCAUGUAUAAAAUGUACGUAAUCGAAAUAGAAUUGAUGUUUUAACAACGCAAUGCCCAUUCGUGUCUCAAAAUAAUUAUUAUUAGUGGAGAUGUUUUUAACUAUAAUUAGUUUGUAUAGAGACAUGUUUAUUAGCAUUUUUUCACCUAUUUCUUUUGCGAACUCAUAGGCUUCCAUGUUCAAUUGAAUAAUUUGUAAAUGAUAAGGAUAUUUAAUUCUAAGGGAUGAAGGUCAUUAAGUGAUUCUUUAUAUUUUUAUGAUUGUUUUACAUAAAGCUUGAUGUGAAAAUAAAG